CAGACAUAUGGGGCAAGAGUGACAGGGGCAAGAGUGACAGGGGCACUAUGGGAGAUGCUGCUCUUAUUCGCAGCCGUCACCACCUGGCAAGUGCCUGGGCGGACCAGCCAAUCAGUCGUGAGCCAGCCGACUUUUCGAACAGCGGCCGAAAAAAUCUCCGGGAUUCACGACGACAGCGCAAGACCCCAGCGCACAGCAAGCAACAGCCCAUAGCCCGUAUCGCGAGGCCCAAUCUCAACGCGCGACGUCCGCAACAGGCCGACCCCUCCCUCGGUUCCGUCUCCCUACCAUCUCCCUCCUAAGCCUCCCGCAAUGGCGCUGUCCUGCCGGUACGCAGCGCGGUGCUGCGCCCGUCAGCUUCGCGCCGGCAGCGCUGCUGCUACCCCGAUCCGCGCCUCGAGCUCCUUCCUCCAGCAACACCACAUGUCACGGAGGUACAACUCGACCGACGCGGCCUCCGCCAACCCCAAGAUCGCCGCCAUCGUCGACCAGAUCAGCCAAUUGACCCUGCUGGAGACGGCAGACCUCGUUGCGAGCUUGAAGUCACGCCUCAACAUCCCCGAUCUCCCCGUGGGCGGCUUCGCCGCCGCGCCCGCCGCUGCCGCCGCUGCCCCCGCGGCAGCGCCAGCCGAGCAGGAGGAGGAGGCGCCCGCGGCGGCCGAGAAGACGCUCUUCACCGUGAAGCUGCAGUCGUUCGACGCGGCCGCCAAGCCCAAGGUCAUCAAGGAGAUCAAGAACCUGCUCGGCCUCAGCUUAGUAGACUCCAAGAAGUUCGUCGAGAGCGCGCCCAAGACGAUGAAGGAGUCGGUACCGAAGGACGAGGCCGAGAAGAUCGUGGCGACGAUGAAGGAGCUGGGCGCCGUGGUGGUUAUGGAGUAGGCGGUGUAUUAUAGACCGUGUGCCGUGAGGAUGGGGGUGGGCGUUGCUACCUAGGUCAUGGCUUGGAAGACGGGGGCGGACCUGGACCAGGAACCAGGCGGGCCAGACUGGCAUGUGGCUAGCCCGACAAGCCUGCAGGU